CGUGCGCUAUGCAAAUGAGCCAGCUGUCCGAAAGGAAGGAUCUGCUCGGCGGCUCUGCGGGCUGAAGAUGGCGGACGGAGAGAGCAGUCUCGAAAAGGCCUAUUCAGGCGGCCCCGAAAUGGAGGAGCCUGUCCCGAAAAGGCCCAAAAUCAGUCCGGCGGCCAAAUCCGCGUUGAAAGUCGCAGAAGCAGACAAUUUAUCGUGCGUCUCCGCUGACACGGGGAGCUGGGAGUCGGCGGUGAAUUGUGCGCAGCCAGCGGAGAGGGAAGCCAAGCCGGCGAUGGCGGUAGAACAGGCCCCAGCAGCACAAGGCGGAGACAACAAUGGACUGGGGCUACUGGUCUCCGAGCGGCGCAGACCAGCAGCAAAGCUGCACGACGGCGGCGUCCUGGGCGCGACCGAGGACGAUGCUGAUUUUCUUGGACACGAGGAUUUCCCUUCCAACGGACAGGCUGUGACACCGGACCACCUCACCGAAGAAGACGACAGAUCCUCACAUGCAAGCUCCAGCGACUGGACCCCCCAGCCUCAAAUAGGUUCCUACAGCUUCUUCCAGCACCACAUCCGAGAGACCGAUCCGAGGACUAUUCUGAGAGAUUUGUUGCCCGAGACUGUGCUCCCGCCAGAUUUAGAUGACAUGACAUUGUGGCAGAUCAUCAUAAAUAUUUCAGAACCUCCAAAAAGAAAGAAACGCAAAGACAUAAACACCCUGGAAGAUGUGGUCAGGCUACUCCACGAAAGCAAAAGGAUCCUUGUGCUGACUGGUGCUGGGGUAUCUGUUUCAUGCGGAAUACCAGACUUUCGCUCCAGAGAUGGAAUAUAUGCACGGCUUGCUGUUGAUUUUCCCGAUCUUCCGGACCCACAAUCUAUGUUUGAUAUUGAAUACUUUCGACGGGACCCAAGACCCUUUUUCAAGUUUGCUAAGGAGAUCUACCCUGGUCAGUUCCAGCCUUCGCCGUGUCACAAAUUUAUAUCUAUGCUGGAUAAACAAGGGAAGCUGCUGCGCAAUUACACACAAAACAUUGACACAUUGGAGCAAGUGGCCGGAGUUCAGCGGAUUAUCCAGUGUCAUGGUUCGUUUGCCACAGCAUCCUGUCUUGUCUGUAAACACAAAGUAGAUUGUGAAGCUAUAAGGGAAGACAUCUUCAACCAGGUUGUCCCCCAUUGUCCACAAUGUCCAGAUAUUCCUCUGGCAAUUAUGAAACCAGACAUUGUCUUCUUUGGAGAGAAUCUUCCAGAAAUGUUUCACAGAGCCAUGAAGCAGGAUAAAGACGAGGUUGACCUGUUGAUUGUCAUUGGCUCGUCACUUAAAGUUCGACCAGUCGCCCUCAUCCCCAACUCCAUUCCUCAUGAAGUGCCUCAGAUCCUCAUCAAUAGGGAGCAGCUGCCUCACCUCAACUUUGAUGUGGAACUACUUGGUGAUUGUGAUGUCAUUGUCAAUGAACUCUGCCAUCGACUAGCUGCAGAUUUUGAGCAGCUCUGCUACAACACUGUAAGACUCGCUGAGAUCACAGAGAAACCCCCUCGGUUACCAGAACAGCCACCAAGUGAGGCCUUGCCGGCUUCCAGCCACUCGGAUCAGGAGGAGCAGAAGCAGCAGCAGAGUACAGAUGCAGUAACUGAGCCCUCAGAGGACACCAAACGUUUGAAUGUCAGGGAGUCUGCUGGUAAUAAUGUUACACCUCCAGAGCCUUGUCCGAAUGCUUCAGAUUCACCAACCAGUAACGCACCAAAAGAGGCGACUGCUGAAGUAAAGAGCCAAACCUCGAACCUUGAAUUUCGUAGACAAUGCUGGAUGAGUCGGAUCAACAGAAGUCCAAUUAGCAAACGCCUUGAGACAGGUCAGUACCUGUUUCAAGCACCGAAUCGCUACAUCUUCCACGGUGCUGAGGUUUACUCUGACUCUGAAGAUGAGAUGUCAAGCUCCUGUGACAGUGACAGUGAGGAUUCUGAAUGCAGCGCAGAUGGGGAGGAGGACAGCGAGCCAGAGGAGGAUGACAAACUAGCGGCGGAUGAGGAGCGAUGCCUCAGAGACACAGUGCAGCACACGUUAGCCCUUGAGGCCACAUCAAGUGUGCAGAGGGACAGUACUUCUGAAAAGACUCAAAGCACCACACACCUUUAAAUGUAAAAUAUCCAGUUGACAAAGCACUAAUUGUCUUUUUUUAUAUAUAUAAAUAUAUAUAUGUUUCGUAUAUUUUUCACUCAUCAACCUUAUUGUUUUUCAUAAAAUUGAAAUUUCGUGACAACUUUGUGUGAAUAUGCAGCAAGUUUGUUUUCUUUUUUUUUUCCUGUGCCCAUCAUAUGCUUUGUGACUGAAACUUUAUGCUGUAUGCUACUUACUAAGUGAAUGCAGCAGGAUUUUUUUCUUCUGUGUCCUAGUUUAAAGGUUUAUCUGAUGCGCUCAUCUACGUAAGCGCACCACAAAUGCAACACUAGAUUAAGCUUUAAAUUCCUGAAUUGCGAUUUUUACGAGCAAAGUUUUCAAAAGUCAGUCUCGUUCGUAGAUUGUCAGCUGUGGUCUAAUGCUGUGUUUUAGAGCUGGUUCCCGUUGGGAAACGUGCAAGUGUAUAAGUCUACUGCCUCCUGAUUAGUGGAUGCAAUGAGGUUCAGACACAUUAAUAUUCAGAGGGUUUACGAAAACACAUUCUAACUUGCAAUAUCAUAGCUGUGCCCUUUGAUGGGGGGUAAAAACCAACAGUACUCUUUAAUUUUAGACCAAAGAACAUUUUCUCAACACUCUCCUACACUGUCAUAAGCUUUGUACGUUUACCCCGUCGUCCAAAUCUUGGAAAACUCUUAAUAUUUACAAGGUGUUCCUUCUGACAUGUGGCAGCUACUUUUCAAUGGUCAGGCCUCUUAUUUUUGUACUCUGAUAUGAGACAUACUCAUCAAAGGGUAAAUGAUAGUUUCUAUCUGUAUAAAGUUACACUAAGUUGUAAUUUGAAGCCUUAGGAAUAUACUUAAUGAGUUUAUGUUGAAAAUGGCACUUUUUCCUUUGUAUAAAACCGGUUUUGUUGCUUAUGUCAGAUUUCUUAGUCUACUGCCUGUAAAGAUUAUGUGUUGGUGGACAGACAUGUUUGAGCCAUUGGGAUGGAUAAAUGUCUACAUCAGCAUAAUUCACAUGCCAUUUGAACUGUUAUGUUUUGUUUACGGUUUUAGGAAACAAGGCAUUUUUACAUUGUUAUAGUUGUUUCCUCUCAUGAGGUUCUCAGUAAAAAAAAGAAAAAGAA